AACUCAUAAUAGAGAUCUUUUAAGAUAGUACGAAGAGAUAUAAAGUACUAGGAUGAUCGUGUACGAUUUUGCCACUUUCUUUUGUUAUUUGUUCACAUAAAUUGGAUUAGUGUAAAGAAAAUAACACCAAUUUCUUGUUGAUUCCAUGGAACCGUCUAGUCUUACUCAUGUGAUGCUCGUAUCAUUCCCAGGCCAAGGUCACAUAAACCCUCUUCUUCGUCUAGGAAAGCUCAUAGCCUCCAAAGGCUUACUCGUCACCUUUGUCACCACAGAGGAGCCGUUGGGGAAGAAGAUGCGUGAAGCCAACAAGAUUCAAGACGGCGUGCUCAAACCGGUCGGUUUAGGUUUCCUCCGGUUCGAGUUCUUCGACGACGGAUUUUUCUUCGACGACGGAUUUGUAUACGAAGACAUGGAUUUGUUAUUAAAAUCACUUGAAGUUGCCGGGAAAAGAGAGAUCAAGAACCUGGUCAAGAAAUAUGAGAAGCAACCAGUGAAAUGUCUCAUAAAUAACGCUUUUGUCCCAUGGGUGUGUGACGUAGCCGAGGAGCUUCAAAUCCCUUCGGCUGUUCUAUGGGUCCAGUCUUGUGCUUGCCUCGCCGCUUAUUACUACUACCACCACCAGUUAGUUAAGUUUCCGACCGAAACCGAGCCGGAGAUCACAACUGAAAUCCCCUUCAAGCCAUUAGUGUUGAAGCAUGACGAGAUCCCUAGCUUUCUUCACCCUUCCUCUCCGCUUCCCAGUUUGGGUGGUAUCAUUUUAGAACAGAUCAAGCGACUUCACAAACCUUUCUCUGUUCUCAUUGACACUUUUGAAGAGCUGGAAAGAGACACUAUUGACCACAUGUCCCAGCUCUGCCCUCAAGUCAUCAUCAAAUCCAUAGGUCCGCUUUUUACGGUGGCUAAAUCCAUAAGCUCUGACAUUAAAGGAGAUAUUUCGGAGCCAGCCAGUGACUGCAUAGAGUGGCUUGACUCCAAAGAACCAUCUUCUGUCGUUUACAUCUCCUUUGGGACUAUAGUCCGCUUGAAGCAAGAGCAGAUCGAGGAGAUUGCGCACGGCAUUCUAAACUCCGGGCUGUCAUGUUUGUGGGUCGUGCGGCCUCCCUUAGAAGCCUUAUCCCAAGAACCACAAGUUUUGCCUCGAGAGCUUGAAGAAAAAGGGAAGAUCGUGGAAUGGUGUCCACAAGAGAAGGUGUUGGCUCAUCCUGCGGUUGCUUGCUUCUUAAGUCACUGCGGGUGGAACUCAACCAUGGAGGCUUUAACUUCAGGAGCUCCCCUGAUUUGUUUCCCGCAGUGGGGAGAUCAGGUGACAAAUGCGGUGUACAUGAUUGAUGUUUUCAAGACAGGAUUGAGACUUAGCCGUGGAGAGGCUGAGAAGAGGAUUGUUUUAAGGGAAGAGGUGACUGAGCGACUGCUUGAGGCCACCGUUGGAGAGAAGGCGGUGGAGCUGAGAGAAAAUGCUCGGAGGUGGAAGGAGGCGGCGGAGUCUGCCGUGGCAUACGGAGGAUCAUCUGAGAGGAACUUGCAAGAGUUUGUUGACAAGUUGGUUGAUGUAAAGAUUAUGCCAAGCAUUAGUAAUUAAUAUCUAAGGCUCAGCUCACAUGAAACUAGUCAUGAUCGUAAUAUGUUUAUGAGCAAAGUGGAUGAACUUAAAAUUACAGAUUGCAAAAGAAUCACAUAACUUAGAAGUGUCUUAGAGAGGUGAUAUAUGAUAAACAAAUUAAAGAGCACAAUAUUCACAAACUACUUAAUAUUA